AUGAGUAAAUAGAAGUAAACUGAUAAUAAAACUAAUGAAUAAUUUAUUAGUGAUUUGCGAUCUCUUUUUGAAGUCACUAGCAAUAGACACAAGCAGGAUAAGGAUUUCUUGAAAAAAUUUACAUCCCUUAUGAAAAAGGAAAAACUAGUUGAUAAAAAAAAUAUCGUGAAUGAAAUGCUAAAUUUGUUUAAGUUGGCUUCCAAUUCUAAAACUCUUUAUUUUAAUACUAUUGUUGAUGGCUUAUUGCUUCUGUAAGCCAAAGACAUCAAUAUUAAUGUUGUAUUGGCAGAAGCUAUUAAAGGUCCAUGUUAAAUAGAUAAAAAAUCAAAAGAAAAUUAAGAUAAUGAAGAAAUCAAACUCUUUUGUUUUUAGAAAUUAGAAAUUCAACAUGCAGAGACACAACUCAACUUAUCUAAGGUUUUGGUUUUCAUGGAAAGAGUAUUAAAGAUGAUAUCCAAUAAAACUAAAGAGGAAAUCAAAAAGAUGUUUUAAUUCAUGACUUCCAUUCAGGAUAUCUUAAGCUAAUAAUUACAAUUAUAAAGCUUGAUUUGUAUACUUAUACUUAAAAUUGUAUUGACUUUAAGAAAAGAAUCAGCAUUACAGAAGACCGAUAUGAAAGUCUUAUAUAAUUUAAUCGAUGAAUAAAGUAUUCACUUAGUCUUUAAAAAUAUCCUAACGAUCGCAAAAACCACUUAUGUUCAUAAAUAUUAUCAUUACAUAUUUAAAAGUUGCUUCAUGUUAUUAAGCGAGAUUUGUAUCAAAAAUAAAAUGGCUAUCUACUUUUAAACAUUCCUAUGUAGUCCAAUUAGCUAAACUCAUCUGAAAACAAUUUUUAAUAUCAUAAAAGAAUUUAAUUAUUAAUUUUUCCAAGACAUCAAGGAUGUGGUAACUAUAUUUAUACUAUUUUAUAAGCCAUAUUUAUUCGAAAAACCAAGAUUUCUAAUAGAUUACAUUCCAACCAACUUUUUAUUAGGAUUACUCAACAGGAAUCCAGGAAAUUGGAUGUGUGUCUAGAAUUUCAUCCAAAAUCAUAUUCAAAUUGAUGAUAAAUACUUAAACUUCACACUUGCCAACUUAGCAUAAAGAUAAUCUAAAAUAGUAGACCCUGGAUGCAUCUUCUAGUCAAAUAAAUUGUAAUGUUAUACACAAUUAAAUAAUAGGAAGAAGAAGAACAUUACUCAAAUCGACUAAUUGUUGACUGAAUCCAUUCAAUAACAGUAAGAUGUUGGAGAUUAUAACACUUACAUAUAUUGUUAAUUACAUCUCUUGUUAUAUUUGAAUUCCUUCGAUUUAACAAGUAAUUACUUCAAUAAAACAUAAAUAUCAUGUGAUUCAAGAUUCUUCAAGAGAUUAUUCUUGCUAAAAUUGGAAGAUAAAAUCUAUAAAUAUUAAGAUGUUACAAGAUUAUCAAAGCCUAGACAAGGGAUUAAUUAAUACUUCACUUUUUAAAUUAACAAAUAACUAAAAUAGUUAAAGCAUCCAAUUGCAUAAAGUCAAAUAAAAAACAUCUAUCAGGAUAUCAAAUAAAUGCUAAAUAUAAACUAUCAUUUCUAAUUCCCCUUUAUUUCUAAAUUUUCCUCGUAUAUCAAGGUUCUCUUCAAAGAUUUGAAUCAGUAAUUCCUCAAUAAUACACUUUUUCCAUUUGAUUAUCAAUAAUACUUUGGCUUAAUAAUGAUAUUAAGUUCGUACUCAAAGUAAGCUUUCCAAGCCUUAAUAUUCUCCAUAUUUAAUUCAUUAUUGGCAAUGAAGAAGCCUCACACUGUGCAUUAAGAAUUAACAAGAUUUUAGUUGUCUGCCUUAGAAGAAGUCGGGGUAAUGUUCAAUGAGAUGAACAUUGAGGAUUCGAUAUUUUAAUAGAUGAUAAUUGGUUCUAUUCACUUCUUUAUUACUUUUGAAAUUAAAAAGAAUUCAAAGUUAAAUUAAUUCACUCAAAUUCUUGAACGAUUGAAGACUUAUUUAAGAUUGAAUUGGAAGAGCGAGUAGAGUGUGUUAAAACAAUACAAGUAACUUAUGUUAAUGGCUGUCGAUCGAUUCUUGAUGUUGAAUGGAUUGGGGGCAUAAUCUUUAAAGAAUAAUCAAAGCAAAUUUAUGAGAUUCUUCAAUACUCAUUUAGUCAACAAUAUUGAUUUCAUUGAAGUCUUGAUCAAAUUAACUCAACAUAUCAAGAUUCAAGAGGUUUCAAAAUAUUUGGAAUAUCUGGGAGAAUGCUAUUUAGGUAGUUUGGCUAUACAUCAAUAGAAUAGAAGUGUGAAGUUCUAAUUGUGUACUCAGAUUCUGUAUCAUCAUAGAAAGAAUGCGUUGAUUUAUUUGGAACAAAACAUGAAGGAUCCAAAUCAACUUUAUGAAUUGCUCUACUUCUUUUAGAGAGAGAAAAGAUUGAAAUAAGAACAACCUAAUGUGGAGUCAAAUGGAAGAUACUAGUGCAGAAAGAAAUUAGUGUGCAUUAUAAUUGUUUAUUGA